GUCAAAACAUUGUUCAUACCUUUCAAUCUAUCAUUUCCUCCUUGUGAAGAAUAUUUGAAAGCCAAGCGCCUAAGGUAAUGGGUGUGGAAGAAAAGCCUAAGCUCAUUCAUGGAACAGUUGAAGCUACUAUUUUCAAUGCCACGCCUUACUCACCUUCAUUUCCCUUCAAUUGUAUAGGUAAAUAUGGAAAACCUGCUUAUGUGACCAUCAAGAUAGACAACAAAAAGGUGGCAAAAACAGCCCAAGAACGUGAACGCGUUUGGAACCAAACCUUUCAGAUUCAGUGUGCGCAUCCAUCUGAUUCAACAAUCACCAUUAUGAUGAAAACAUCGUGCUCCAUAUUGGGUAAAUUCCAUAUCCAGGCCAAGCAGUUGAAGGAAGAGAGUUUGAUCAAUGGAUUCUUCCCUCUUCUCAUGGAAAAUGGAAAACCAAACCCACAACUAAAAUUAAGGUUUAUAUUAUGGUUCAAGCCAGCAUAUUUGGAACCAAGUUGGGCAAAGAUACUGAGCAAUGGGGAAUUUCAAGGGCUGAGGGAUGCAACAUUCCCACAAAGGUCUAAUUGCCAGGUUCAGCUCUAUCAUGAUGCUCACCAUUCAUCUGCUUUUCAACCUCCUUUUGAUCUAUGUGGAGCUCCAAGAAAGCUGUGGGAGGAUGUUUAUAAAGCCAUUGAGGGUGCAAAAUAUUUAAUUUAUAUUGCAGGCUGGUCUUUCAAUCCUAAGAUGGUUCUGGUUAGAGAUCCUCAAACAGAAAUCCCACAUGCCAGGGAAAUAAAGUUGGGCGAGCUAUUGAAGAAAAAGGCAGAAGAAGGAGUGGCUGUGAGGGUUAUGAUUUGGGAUGAUGAAACAUCUUUGCCUUUUAUUAAGAACAAAGGUGUGAUGAACACCCAUGAUGAGCAUGCUUUUGCUUACUUCAAACACACAAAAGUGAUAUGCAGAAAGUGUCCAAGGUUACAUCACAAGUUCCCCACACUCUUUGCUCACCAUCAGAAAACCAUAACUGUGGAUACUAGAGUACCCAACUCUGUCAAUGACAGAGAAAUUAUGAGCUUUUUGGGUGGUCUAGAUUUGUGUGAUGGCCGAUAUGACACUGAGCAACAUUCAUUGUUUCAAACACUUACUAAGGAAUCACAAUACCAUGACUUCUACCAAACAAACAUAGCUGGAGCUAGCCUCAACAAAGGAGGGCCAAGAGAACCUUGGCAUGAUGCUCAUGCUUGCGUUACUGGUGAAGCUGCUUGGGAUGUGUUAACUAAUUUUGAGCAAAGAUGGACAAAGCAAUGUGAUCCUUUUCUUCUAGUCCCUGCUAACACCUUACAAAAUCUGAUUCCCACAUACUCGGGUACUCUCAAAGAGAGGAAUUGGAAAGUUCAAGUAUACAGGUCAAUUGAUCAUGUGUCUUCUAGCCAGUUGUUUAGAAAGCUAAGUGUGGAGAGAAGCAUCCACGAUGCUUAUGUUGAAGCUAUUAGGCGUGCUGAUAGGUUUUUGUACAUCGAAAACCAAUAUUUCAUUGGGGGAUGCCAUUUAUGGCAGAAUGAUAGGCACAGUGGCUGCAGAAAUCUGAUUCCUGUUGAAAUUGCACUCAAGGUGGUAAGUAAGAUUAAAGCAAGAGAGAGGUUUGCAGUGUACAUAGUCAUACCAAUGUGGCCAGAAGGAGUGCCUGAAAGUGAACCAGUUCAAGAUAUACUGCAUUGGACCAGAGAAACAAUGACAAUGAUGUAUAAGUUGAUUGGAGAAGCUAUAAUGGAAAGUGGGCAGCCAGGGCAUCCAAGAGACUACUUGAAUUUCUUCUGCCUUGCAAAUAGGGAAAAUAAAGGAAAAGAGGAGUAUCUUCCCCCACAUUCUCCCCAUCCUGAAACACAAUACUGGAAUGCACAAAAAAAUAGGAGGUUCAUGGUUUAUGUUCACUCUAAGCUCAUGAUAGUGGAUGACCUAUACAUAUUAAUAGGAUCAGCCAAUGUAAACCAAAGAUCUAUGGAUGGGCAAAGGGACACUGAGAUUGCCAUAGGGGCCUACCAGUCUCAAGAUGGAGCUGAUCAUCACAUAAGCAGUGGUGAUAUUUGUGCAUACAGAAUGUCACUGUGGUAUGAGCACGCAGGGAGUGCUGAGGAAUUGUUCUUAGAGCCAGAGAGUUUGGCAUGUGUGCAGAGAAUGAGGUCAAUAGGAGACCAUAUGUGGGAAAUCUACAGUAGUGAAGAAAUUGUGGACAUGGAAGGGGUGCACCUUGUAACUUACCCUGUGAAAGUAACCCAAGAAGGGUCUGUGGAGGAUCACAAUGAUGGUGGCAAUUAUUUUCCUGAUACAAAAUCUCCAGUGAAAGGGAAAAGAUCUAAAUUUUUAGCCCCUAUCUUUACCACUUAAUCAUAC